AACUAGAAAUACGUUUCAAAGAUGAUGCAAGAUGUGUGGAAUGCUCCGCCUGGUUUCAGGCCUACCAAGUUGGCUCCUCCUUCUCCGGCGAAGCCUCUUGGAAUGUUGAGAACUCGUUGCGAGUCAUUUCACGCCAUCCACAAGGUUCCAGUUGGGGACACUCCUUAUGUCAGAGCAAAAAAUGUUCAAUUGGUGGACAAAGAUCCAGAGGGGGCAAUUCCUCUGUUCUGGCCAGCCAUCAACGCUGGAGACAGAGUCGAUAGUUCCUCAAAAGAUAUGGCUAUUGUGAUGAAGCCACAAAAUCGAGCCGAGAAGGCCAUUGUAGCCAUCAAAUCACUGCGCAAUAGAUGCUCAGAUCAAGCCCAGAAGUCUCUUGAUAACAUUCUUCUGGAUCUUUAUAAGAGAUGUGGAAGAUUAGAAGACCAAAUAGCAUUAUUGAAGCACAAGUUGUUCUUGAUUUAGCAAGGACUUGCUUUCAAUGGGAAGCACACAAAGACCGCCAGGUCUCAGGGAAGAAAUUUCAGGAUUCAGUGGAACAAGAAGCAACUCAGUCACUGAUGAGAAUUCAAGCUUACUGAGAUUUCUUCCCUUUUUUUUUUCUCUUAAAUUUGUAAAUGGUUAGCGGAACUAAGUUAAUUCUAUUUUCAGGGGAACUGGGGAUGGGCACUGACGCAGCAGAACAACUGCAUUGAGGCAGAAGAUGCAUACCGCCAAGCACUAACCAUUGCUCCUGACAAUAACAAGAUGUGUAAUCUGGGAAUCUGCUUGAUGAAACAAGAGGGAAUAGAUGAGGCCAAAGAAACCCGCGGGCGGGUGACACCAGCCAUCACAGAUGGACCAAGCGGAGUAGAUUCCCAUCUCAAGGCCUAUGAGAGGGCACAGCAGAUGCUCAAGGAUCUUGAAUCCUAGAUGAUGAAUAAGGGAGGAGACAGGGUGGAGCAGGCAGGCUUCAUUGCGGUCGGCGUGCGGAGAGUGUGCUGAGUCUUAAAUUCAAUUUUGAAAUUCGUGCGUUUAAGGAUAAAUUUCAAAUACCCGU